GAAUGUAAAAAAAAAAUAAAACAAACAAACAAAAACUCACAUAUAACCCCUUUAAUAUCAAUAAUACUAUUAUUGUACCUUAACAGUCUUACCAGAAAGCUUUCUGAGCUCUCUUCCCUAUUUAAACCCCAACUCUCAUUUCUUCUUCCUAUACCAUCAUCACUAUUUCUCUUUCUCUCUCUUGUCGACAUUGUUUUACUUAAUAAUAACAAAAUGAGUGGUUUUAGUUUCACAAGUCUCACAUUCAUACUUGUGGUUUGUUUUAUGGUAUGGUCAUCAUCAAAUUUUGAAGCUUGCAUUGCUGGAAGAGGAAGACAUUAUUGGAACAGAGGACCUUCAAACUCAUCACCAUUAUCAUCUUCUUUGAACAAUAAAAAGAAACCCAAGAACCACCACAGUGGUCAUCAUCAACAUGGCCAUGGUGGUUCUUCAAAGCCAAAAUCUCCGCCGCAUUACAAGGCAGCUCCGCCACCGGCCAUUGUCAAGCCCGGUGACGACACUCCUCCCAGUCCACCCAAAGGUCACCAGUCAUCUACGACGACCUUUAACGUUUUGAAUUUUGGUGCCAAAGGUGAUGGAACUACAGAUGAUACUAAGGCAUUCCAAGCUGCAUGGGCAGCUGCUUGUAAGGUUGAGGCAUCAACACUUCUAGUUCCUGCUAAAUACCAAUUCUUUGUUGGGCCCAUCGAGUUUUCUGGCCCAUAUUGUGAGCCCAACAUCGUAUUUCAGUUGGAUGGCACAAUCAUAGCUCCACAAGACCCCAAAGCAUGGGGAAAAGGUCUCUUCCAAUGGCUUUUAUUCUCAAAGCUAAGAGGAAUUACAGUUCAAGGGAGUGGAAUCUUAGAAGGAAAAGGAUCAGUUUGGUGGAAAGAGGCCUCUCUAUAUGAUGACCCUGCUGAUGAUGAGUUAAAGCUUAUUAUCCCAUUAAACAGCACAGUACAUCAAUUUCCACCAGUCCCGAUAAGAAGCAAGCUCAGUGGAAUAAUGCCAAGCAUCAAACCAACAGCCCUGAGAUUUUAUGGGAGCUUUAAUGUGACAGUCACGGGGAUAACAAUCCAGAACAGUCCUCAAUGCCAUCUCAAGUUUGACAACUGCGUUGGGGUUUUGGUCCAUGACAUGAGUGUGUCAUCUCCCGGUGACAGUGCCAAUACUGAUGGAAUACACCUACAAAACUCCAAAGAUGUGUUAAUCCACACCACCACUCUUGCCUGUGGAGACGACUGUAUUUCGAUUCAAACUGGAUGUUCAAAUGUAUACGUACACAAUGUGAACUGUGGACCUGGUCAUGGAAUCAGCAUUGGAAGUCUAGGCAGGUACAACACCAAAGCUUGUGUCUCUAACAUCACUGUCCGAGAUGUAAUGAUGCACAACACAAUGAAUGGUGUUAGAAUCAAGACUUGGCAGGGUGGUUUAGGGUCUGUCCAAGGAGUUCUGUUUUCAAACAUUCAAGUUUCUGAAGUUCAACUUCCAAUUGUGAUUGACCAAUUUUAUUGUGACAAAAGUAGUUGUAAGAACCAGACAUCAGCUGUGGCUGUAUCAGGAAUAACCUAUGAGAGAAUAAGAGGGACUUACACAGUAAAACCUGUACACUUUGCUUGCAGUGAUAACCUACCAUGCACAGAUGUGACACUAAAUUCCAUACAGCUUAAACCAAUACAAGAACGAUAUCACAUGUCUGAUGCCUUCUGUUGGCAGACUUUUGGAGAGUUGAGGACUCCUACUGUCCCGCCAAUCGGUUGUUUACAGAUGGGAAAGCCUUCAAGCAACCGACUUCAAUCUGACCACGAUUCAUGUUGAGAAACUAUACAAAUUAAGCAUCAUCUGAACUGAAUGAAAUGGUGUAUUCUCUUGUGUGGUCGGCAUGAUUUUCCUGACCCCUUUCAACACCAAAACCGGGUUAGAAUUUUUAAGCGUGUAUAGUUUGUCAGGCAAUCCUAGUUUGUAGGGAGUUUACUUACUUAUUAUUAGUUGGGGUACUACAUUGCCAUUAUGAGAGAGCAUACAGAAUUUGCUUUUUUAGCUGGAUAAGUUAUAGUAGUUAUAAGUAUAAGGGGCCAUUGUUUAUUGUUAUGGCAGAUUGCUUUGAGUGACAUAUAUUAUUAUACGAGUGAGUUGCAUCUAAGUUUGAAAUAAAAGGUUUCAUAUCUACA